UCAUUACAAAUGUGUUUGUAUUAAGCGAAUUGAGAGGCAAACAGCUGCUGCAACUGAUGCUGCCGCUCCGAAUGCUGAUGUUGCUGCUGCUGCUGAUAAGCAGACUGCAAUGAUGUGUAACCAACAAUUGCCAUUAUUACAAUGAGUGGCAACCGGACUAGCAGCAACCGGUGUGGCAGCAACCGGAGCACCAGCAAUGUGAAGUGUACCAUCUGCUCGGAGCGUUAUAAGUCCACGGAUAAAAUCUAUGGAGGCACCUGCGGACAUGUGUUUCAUUGGCAGUGCCUGCAGCGCUGGCGAGAGGAAUCGAACCAAUGUCCAAUUUGUCGCAGCGCUCGCAGAGAAUUUCAUCAGAUUUACUUGGACUUUGAGGAUGCGGACGAACAGUCCGGUCAGGCCAGUCUGGCGCAGGAGCAGACUUCGUCUAGCAGCAUGAUUUAUGGAGAGAGUGAAUUUGGAAAUCUGUUAUAUGAAGCGCAUUUGUUUCGCGACGAGAUCGAGUAUUUGAAUACACGCAUCGAGCAAUUAACGUUUCAGCACAUCUAUGGGCGUGGCCACAGCUACACCUCAAAUGAUUCAGAUUGAAGCGAAAAGUAUAAAAAUAUAGAAACUUAUGAAUUU